AUGAAACCAGGGAACAUAACAGGAAUCAUAGAAUUUAUUCUCUUAGGAUUCUCAGAGGAACCAAAACUGCAGCCCCUCAUAGUUGGACUUUUCCUCUCCAUAUACGUGAUCACUGUGCUUGGAAACCUGCUCCUCAUCCUGGCUGUCAUCUCUGACUCCCAUCUUCACACACCCAUGUACUUCUUCCUUUCGAAUCUAUCCCUUGUUGACAUCUGUUCCACCACCACCACCGUACCCAAGAUGUUGGUGAACAUCCAGACACACAGCAAAGUCAUCUCCUAUGAAGGUUGCCUCAUCCAGAUGUAUUUUUUCACAGUCUUUGGAGUGUUGGACAAUUUUCUCCUGACCUUGAUGGCCUAUGACCGAUUUGUUGCCAUUUGCCACCCUCUGCACUAUCUGGUCAUUAUGAACCCUCAGCUUUGUAGACUGUUGGCCCUGAUGUGCUGGGCACUAAGUUUUCUGCAUUCAUUAUUACAUAGUUUAAUGGUAUUGAGGCUGUCCUUUUGUGCAGAACUGAAAAUUCACCACUUUUUUUGUGAACUCAUUCAGGUGGUCCAACUUUCCUGUACUGAUACCUUUCCUAACACUUUGGUUUUUUAUUUAUCAUCUGUGUUCCUGGGUGGUUGUCCCCUAGCUGGUAUCUUUUAUUCUUACUAUAGGAUACUUUCAUCUAUACGUGGAAUCUCAUCAGCUCAGGGGAAAUACAAAGCAUUUUCCACCUGUGCAUCUCACAUCUCAGUGGUCUGCUUAUUUUAUGGUACAGCCCUAGGGGUAUACAUGAGCUCCACUAUUACUCAUAGCUCCCACUCCAGUGCAAUAGCCUCGAUCAUGUACACCGUGGUCACGCCUAUGCUGAAUCCCUUCAUCUAUAGUCUCAGGAAUAAAGACAUAGAAAAGGCUCUAAAAAUUAUUUUUGUCAAAGAAACAAAAAAAGCCUAA